CCGGAAGCUGAGACUAGCGAGGGGGCAGUGCUUCCGGAUAGGAACGAGGUGACCUGACCGCCACAGGAAUCUGUGGCGGCUGCAGCCAUGGGAGAACACCUGGCCAGGCACUACCUGGGCGAUUCCUCAGGGGAGCCAGACCCUCUGCGGAUGCCCACCUUUCCGCCCGACUACGGCUUCCCCGGGCGCAAGGAGCGCGAGAUGGUGGCCACGCAGCAGCAGAUGAAUGAUGCACAGCUGGUGCUCCAGCAGCGAGACUACUGUCACUACCUUAUCCGGCUGCUCAAAUGCAAGCGCAACAGCUUCCCCAACUUCCUGGCCUGCAAGCACGAGCAGCACGACUGGGACUACUGCGAGCACCUCGACUACGUGAAGCGAAUGAAGGAGUUUGAGCGCGAGCGGCGGCUGCUCCAGCGGAAGAAGCGGCGGGAGCAGAGGGAGGCAGAUCUGGCCAGAAGCCAGGGGUCCAGCCAGGUGGCCGUGUAGUGGGGCCCACCCACCACCCUUGGACAAGGGGAGAAAUAAAAGCCUCCAGGCCCUCAGCCCAU